AUGCUUAACACCCAACAACUCACUACUCCUGAACAUCCAACAACUAUCACCAAUAUCCUGAACAUCCUCAACAUCCAACAACCCACGCAAAUCAGUCAUAACUCAGCAAUUCUCCUUCAUGAGCCUACAACUCCUUCAUCACCGAGCAACAUCCUCAUCCCCCGGCAACAUCCUCAUCCCCCGGCAACUUCCUCAUCACCCAGCAACUCCUUCAUCUACCAGGAGCAGAGCUCUGUGCCUUUCCUGCCAUCUUCUGAGCAGCAGACUCAAAAUGUUCUAAAGCUUUUGGAGGGACGUGCCGGCCUGCUGGCGGACCUGGGGUCAGGAGACGGCCGCCUGAUAUUAGGUGCCCACUCCAUGGGCUUCCAAUGUACAGGUUUUGAGGUGAACCCUGUGCUGUUGGCCUACUCUAGAGCACGCGUCAGGAGGAGAGCCAUCCCCCCCACACACAUCCGUUUUCUCAAUCAGGACUUUUGGAAGACUGACCUGUCUAAAUACCAGAAUGUGACAGUGUUCUUAGCACCUGCUGUGAUGGGACAGCUGGAGCAGAAGUUGAGGUCAGAGCUCCCAGCAAAUGCCAGAGUGGUCGUCUGCCGUUUCCCCCUCCCUGAUUGGCAGCCCAGUUGUUCACAGGGGGUGGGUCAAGAGCAGGUCUGGGCCUAUGACAUGCCACCUCAGCCAUGUGAGCGAAACACUACCACAGCAGGAGACGCCAGCCAAUCACAAGUCUAGUGGAUCACAUACCACCCAAUCACAAGUGUAGUGGAACACAUGCCACCCAAUCACAAGUCUAAUGGAACACAUGCCAACCAAUCACAAGAGUGCUGGAAUCCAGCAGUCUAGCUCUGCCCUUGAGACGCCAGAUUGCUGAGGGCAGGGAGAGCGACUUUCAAUGUCUCCGAGUUCUGAGUCAUCAGGUCCAGCUCCACUGUGCUCUGCUUUCCACAGCUUUAAUGGUCAGAAUGCUGCCAGAGGACUGAAAUGAAUAAUAAAUAUAUCAUCACCGCACUCACAGUGAGCCUCUGUAUGCCUCCAAUAACUAAAUAAAUCAUAAACAAAUUA